AUGUACAAAGCAACUGCUCUGAAUUUCAUUAAACUACUGCUGAUCUUUCCAAUCCUUAUUGCUGGAUGUUCAGGAAGCCAGUUAGAAGAUACCUCCGAUUUUUCCAGCGGGGUUGAGGCGAAAGAGGCACCAAUGUGGGCAAAACAGGUCGCCGAGGGCAAACUCCCUCCACUUUCAGAACGGCUGCCGCAGAACCCGCUCGUCGCCAAAACGAAUUUCGAUGGUUAUGAGCGUCCGGGUCCCUACGGCGGGACGUGGCACCGGUUUCACACACACCCAGAUUUAGGGACGUGGAAGAUGACAGCAGGCUAUGCCCCUUUUAUCCGAUGGAAAUUUGAUGCCUCUGGUUUGGAACCCGGUCUUGCCGAAUCAUGGGAGUUUAAUGAGGAUGGGAGUAUACUGACAUUGCAUCUCCGCAAAGGGGUCAAAUGGUCAGACGGGCAUCCGUAUACUUCAGCUGCCUUCGCUUUCUACUACGAUCUCUGCCUUGAUGAACGACAUAAGUACGGUGCGCCUGUUUGGUGCCAGGUGAACGGCAUCCCGAUGGAAGUCGAAACACCCGAUGAUUACACGAUUGUAAUGAAAUUCGCAGGUCCCAACUGGCUUGUGCCCCUUUGGUUGGCAACCGGAUUUUGGUGGUGCAAUCAAUACAACAUUCCGCAGCACUAUAUGAUGCAGUUUCAUCCCGACCACAACCCGAAAUACACCGAUUUCAUCCAAUUUGAGAAGGAAAAUCUACCGCACCAAAACCCAGGACGUCCGACCUUGUGGCCCUGGCGGGUAACAAAAUAUGAAAAGGGAGGUUUCCGUGUUGAAUUGGAACGUAAUCCGUAUUACUAUGUCGUUGAUACACUCGGUCGGCAACUCCCAUACAUUGAUAUCGUCAAGACCGGUUUGGUCCCCGAACCGCAAGUGCGUGUCCUCAAGAUUCUUGCUGGAGAGAUUGACUGCCAAUACCGCGGAAUGGAACUCCGGGAUCUCGCACUCUAUCUGAAAGGACAGGAGAAGGGUAACUAUAAGAUACGUCGGUGGAAAAGCACGGCUGGUGCACUACCCGCUAUUUUGAUUAACUGGACGGCACCUGAUCCUGUGUUAAGACAAAUCAUUCGGGAUCAACGUUUCCGAAAGGCACUCGCAUACGGCGUCGACCGCGAAAAGUGUAACGAGAUCGCAUGGCGCGGCUUGUUGGAACCGCAAGCCGCAACCGUCAGCCAAGAAGCAUGGCACUUCGCCGAUGAAGAUGGGCAAACCCUCUUUGAGGAGUGGAAACGCGCCGAUGCAGACUUUGAUAUUGCUGCGGGCAAUCGUCUCUUAGAUGAAAUGGGACUCACAGCGCGUGAUAAGAAAGGUUAUAGGCUCCGUCCAGAUGGCAAACGGAUUGAGAUGCUCAUGGACGUACCGAGUUCUAAUCUUAACAGUCAGGAAAAUGACAUCGGGUUAAUUGUUCAAGAAGGAUGGGAGGAGAUGGGCUUAAAAACGCUGCUCUAUACACCUCCCGGUGCGGAAUUAAGUUUGCGUCGCACGCUCGGGAAAUUCACAAUCAGUAUGCAUGGUGAAGCCGAGAUGGAUCUCUUCACUUAUCCCGAUUGGGUGUUUCCGACACUCGCGAAGUACUGGCACCCUAAGGUUGGAAAAUGGUACGAAACGGGUGGUGAAAAGGGCGAACCCGCCACCGGACCGCUAAAGCGGUUACUUGACUUAUACGAUGCGAUUAAGCGGGAACCCGACCCAAAACAACGGCAUCAAUAUGUCCGGGAUGCGGUCAGAAUUCAUAUUGACGAGGGACCGUUUCAUCUCGGUUCCGCAGCGCGUGCGCCAUCGCUUUUAGUCGUAGGAAACCAUUUUCAUAACGUCCCAAACGAUGGUGAUUACCUCGACCGGGAAAUUCAACGGUUAGAAGAGGAGUUCGGCGAUAGCAGUUCCCUGGCACAAGUUGAGGAAUUACGGGAACGCUACGGGCUGAACGAUCCACUCUGGAAACGCUAUCUCAUCUGGAUAACCGGCUUUGUGCGCGGAAACUUCGGCGAGUCGUUUGAGUAUAAACGAGAAGUCCAUGAAUUGAUAUGGGAUAGAAUAGCCUUCACCCUGAUUAUUUCUAUCGGGUCGCUCAUCUUUACCUAUGUUGCCGCUAUCCCACUCGGUAUCUAUUCCGCAAUGCAUCAAUACAAAUGGUCAGAUCACUUCCUCACCUUCCUCAGUUUUGUUGGGAUGUCAAUACCAGCGUUUCUCUUAGCACUAUCGCUGAUGGUAUUUGCGUUUGACAUCUUCGGCAUUCCCCUAUUUGGACUAUUUUCGGUUUACUAUGAAAGCGCACCGUGGACAUGGGGCAAACUGACUGACCUGCUUACGCACCUCUGGAUUCCUGUCAUCGUCGUUGGGAUUAACGGAACGGCGGGUUUGAUGCGCAUCAUGCGUGGCAACCUUCUUGAUGUUUUAGGGCAGCCUUUCGUCCAAACCGCACGGGCGAAGGGGCUUAAAGAAAUCGUCGUGGUUUAUAAGCAUGCAGUGCGGAUCGCGAUCAAUCCACUCAUCAGCAUUUUAGGAAUGAGUCUACCCGGUAUUCUCUCCGGUUCAGCAAUCGUCUCCAUUGUGCUCGGUUUGCCCACAGUAGGUCCGAUGCUCUUACGGAGUCUACUGAACGAGGACAUCUACCUUGCAGGAACGCUGAUCAUGAUGCUGAGCCUCCUGUUAGUUAUCGGUAACCUGCUUGCAGAUAUAGCCCUCGCUUGGGUAGAUCCGAGAAUUCGCUAUGAAUAA